AUGUUUGACUCCAGCGACAGCAGCAGAAGCAGCUGCAGCAACGAGGAAGACAGCGACCACAGCAGCAACAGCAGCAACAGCAGCAGCAACCAGAGCAGCAACAACAGCAGCAGCAACAAAAGAAGCAGCAGCAGCAGCAGCAGCAGCAGCAGCAGCGAUGAAGCAUCCUCAGAUGACUGCAGCAGCACAAUCUCAGAUUCUGUUGACAGCAGCAGCAUUGGGGGCAGCAGCAGCCCCGUCGCAGCAGCAGCAGCAGCAGCAACAGCAGCAGCAGCAGCAGCAGCCAGACCAGCUGUUCAGCAUUGCAGCAGCAGCAGCAACAGAAGCAGCAGCAGCAACACAAGCAGCAGCAACGCCCUUGAGGCAGCAAUCGCAGAAACCUCGCCAGCAGCAGCAGCAGCAGCAGCAACAGCAGCAGCAGCAGCAGCAGCAGCAGCAGCAGCAGAAGCAGCAGCAGCAGCAGCAGAAUUAAAGAGUUCAACAGAAGCAGCUAGCGAAAGCACUGAAGCAAAAAAGGCAGCAGCAGCAGCAGCAGCAACAGCAGCAGCAGCAGCAGCAGCAAUCCCCUACGUCGUUGCCAACGCAGCAACAGAAGCAGAAGAAGAGACUGCAGCAGCAGCAGCAGCAACAGAAGCAGCAGCAGCAGCAGAAGCAGCAGCAGUAGCAGCAGCAGCAAAUGAAGCUGCUUUGGCGCAGGUUCAAGCAGCAGCAAAACCUGCAUCAGGGGAAGCUGCAGCAGCAGAAGCAGCAGCAGCAGCAGAAGCAGCAGCAGCAGCAGAAGAAACAGGAGCAGCAUCAGCAGCAGCAGAGGCAGCAGCAGAAGGUGCUGAGGCAGUAGAAGGAGCAGCAGCAGAAACAGCAGCAGCAAAUGCAGCAGCACCAGAAACAGCAGAAACAGCGGCAGCAGAAACAACAGCAACAGCAGCAGCAGAACCAGCAGAAGCAGCAGCAGCAGCAGCAGCAGCAGCACCAGAAGCAGCAGCGGAAAAAGCAGCAGCAGCGGAAGCAGAAGCAGCAGCAGCAGAAAGAGCAGCAGCCGCAGAAGCAGCAGCUGAAGAAGAAGCAGCAGCAGCAGAGGCAGCAGCAGCAGCAACAGAAGUGAAAGCAGCACCAGCAGCAGAGGCAGAAGCAGAAGCAGCAGCAGCAGCAGCAGCAGCCGCUUCCCCAGAAGCAGCAGCAGAAGCAGAAACAGGAGCAGCAGCAGAAGCAGCGACAGAAGCAGCAGCAAAAGCAGCAACAGAAGCAGCAGCAGAAGCAACAGCAGCAGCAGCAGAAGCAGCAGAAGCUGGUGAAUCAAAUACAGCAGCAGCAACAGCAGCAGACGCAGCAGCAGCAACAGAAGCAGCAGCAGCAGGUGCAGCAGCAGCAGAGGCAGAAGCAGCAGCAGCUACUGAAGCAGCAGGAACCGAAGCAAUAGUAGAAGAAGCAGCAGCAGCAACAGAAGCAGCAGCUGCAGGAGCAGCAGCAGCAGAAGCAGCAGCAGCAAUACAAGCAGCAGCAGCAGCAGCAGCAGACGCAGCAGCAACAGACGCAGCAGCAAACGAAGCAGCAGCGGACACACCAGCAGCAGCAGAUGCAGCAGCAGCCGAAGCAGCAACAGCAGGUGCAGCAGCAGAAGCAGCAGCAACAGCAGCAGCAGCAGCAGAACAAGAUGCACGUGAAGCAGUAGCACCAGAAGCAGCAGCAGCAGCAGAAGCAGUAGCAGCAACACAACCAGCAGCAGCAGCAGAAACAGCAGCAGCUGAAGCAGCAGCAACAGGAGAAGCAGCAGCAGCAGAAGCACCAGGAACACCAGCAGCAGAAAAGGAAGCAGAAGCAGCAGACGUUGCAGCAGCAGAAGCAGCAGCAGCUGCUGCAGCAGAAGCAGCAGACAUUGCAGCAGCAGAAGCAGCAGCAGCUACUGCUGCAGCAGAAGCGCGAGAACCAGCAGCAGCAGCAACAGAAGCAGCAGCAGCAGCAACAGCAGCUGCAAACGAAACAGCUGCAGCAGAAACAACACCAGCACUAGAAGCAGCAGAAGCAGAAACAGCAGCAGCAGAAGCAGCAGCAGAUGCAGCAGCAGCAGCAGGACCGCCAGCAAUAGAAGCAGCAGAUGCAGCAGCAGCAGAAACUGCAGCAGCAGAAGCAGAAGCAGCAGCUGCUGCUGCAGCCGAAGCAGCAGCUGCUGCUGCAGCAGAAGCAUCAGCAGCCGCAGGACCGCCAGCAGUAGAAGCAGCAGCAGCAGAAGCAGCAGCAGCAGAAACUGCAGCAGCAGAAGCAGUAACAGCAGCAGCGGCAGCAACAGAGGCAGCAAAAGCAAAGGUAGCAGCAGCAGCAGCAGCAGCGGAACCGCCAGCAGCAGAAGCAGCAGAAGCAGAAACCGCAGCAGCAGAAGCAGCAGCAGCAGAAGCAGCAGAAACCGCAGCAGCAGAAGCAGCAGCAGCAGAAGCAGCAGCAGCAGAAGCAGCAGCAGCUGAAGCAGCAGCAGCAGAGGCAGCAGCAGCAGAAACCGCAGCAGCAGAAGCAGCAGCAGCAGAAGCAGCAGCAGCAGAGGCAGCAGCAGCAGAAGCAGCAGCAGCAGAAGCAGCAGCAGCAGAAGCAGCAGCAGCUGAAGCAGCAGCAGCAGAAGCAGCAGCAGCAGAAGCAGCAGCAGCAGAAGCAGCAGUAGUACCAGCAGCAGAAGCAGCUGCAGCAGCAGGAGCAGCUGCAGCCACAGAAGCACCAGGAGCUGCAGCAGCAACAGCAGUAGCAGCAGUAGCAGCAGCAACAGAAGCAGCAGAAGCAGAAGCGGCAGCCGCAGCAGCAACACACUCAGGAGCAGCUGCAGCAGACAAAGCAGCUGCAGCAGCAAGCACUGCAGCAGCAAGUACUGCAGCAGCAACAACAGCUGCAGCAGCAGCAGCAGACGCAGCAGCUGCAGCAGCAAUUGCACCCGCUCUAGCAAACACAGCAGCAGCUGCAGCAGAGGAAGCAGCAGCAGCAGCAGCAGCAGAUGCAGCAACAGAUACAGGAGACAAAGCAGCUGCAGCAGCAACCUCAGCAGCAGAUGCAGCAACUGCAGCAGCAGCUGCAGCAGCAGAUGCAGCAGCACAUGCAGCAGCAGAUGCAGCAGCAGGUGCAGCAACUGCAGCAGCAGAUGCAGCAACUGCAGCAGCAGCAGAUGAAGCGGCAGAAGCAGCAGCAGCUACAGCAGCAUACACAAAUGCAGCAACCGAGGAAUCUGCUGCUGCUGUUUCAAUUUCAGCAGCAGCAGCAGCAGCAGCAGCACAAAAAGCGGCGACGAUACACUCAGCAACAGCAGCAGCAGCAAGAAGCGCAGAGAAGAAGCUGUCGUUUGCUGCUGCUGCUGCUGCUGCAGCAACAGCUGAUGCUGCUGCCCCUGGGGUGGGAACAGCAGCCGUCUUGCUAGAGCAGCAGCAGCAGCAGCAGCAGCAGCGGCAGCAGCAGCAGCACAAACAAAACGCAGAGUUACACCAGCAGCAGCAGGAGCAGCAGCAGGAGCAGGAGCAGCAGCAGCAGCAGCAGCAGAAGCAGCAGCAGCAGCAGCAGCGGCGGCACCGCCUGCAUCUUCACCCGCUGCUGCAGCUGCUAUCAAAGUUUCCGCUGCUGCCAGCUGCUCUAUACAACAAACAGCAGCAGGCAAGCACAGCAGCAGCAGCAGCAGCAGCAGCAGCAGCAGCAGCAGCAGCAGCAAAACCAGCAGCAGCAGCAGCAGCAGCAGCAGCAGCAAAAGCAGCAGCAGCAGCAGCAGCAGCACAGUUUGUGGACAUUGCUGGGGCGAAUGAGAUCGCGGGGUGCAGCAGCAGCAGCAGCAACGGCAGCAGCACCAGCACACUGCAGCAGCAGCAGCGCUUGCAUGCGUUUGCUGCUGCGAACUGUUGCUGCUUCUGA